GCCCUGUUCCCGCUAUGUUUUUCACGGCGACACUAAGCGCAUUGUUUCUCCUGGGAGUUCUACCCUCCGUGGCCAGAGAGCGUCAUGGCCACAUUUCAGUGGUCCUCCUAGGCGCUACGGGAGACCUGGCCAAGAAGUACUUGUGGCAAGGCAUCUUCCAGCUCUACCUGGACGAGGCGAACAACGGACACACCUUCACGUUCUACGGGGGUGCCCUGGCAGAGCUCAAGAAAGGCCAGAAACUGAUGUUCGACCGGCUGAAGAGACUGACGUGUCCGCCAGAUGUGACUCCAGACCGGUGUGCCAUGUUGAAGGACCAGUUCCUGAGGCUGACCCAGUACCACCAGCUUAAGACGGUGGAGGGCUAUGCCGCCCUCAGUGAAGAAAUUGCCACCGUGCUGCAUCAGGAAGACCUGGAGGAAGCAGGCCGGAUCUUCUACUUCUCUGUGCCCCCGUUUGCCUACGCAGAGAUCGCCCGCCACAUCAACAGUAGUUGCAGGCCGCCCCCUGGGGCCUGGCUGCGCGUGGUCCUGGAGAAACCGUUUGGCCACGAUCUCAAGUCUGCUCAGCAGCUGGCGGAUGAGCUGAAGAUGUUCUUCCGGGAAGAGGAAAUGUACCGGGUGGACCAUUACCUCGGCAAGCAGGCUGUGGCCCACAUCUUGCCCUUUCGAGACCAGAACCGGCACCAUUUGGACCCGAUCUGGAACAGGCAUCACAUCGAGAGGGUGGAAAUUGUCUUAAAGGAGACGGUGGAUGUCAAAAAUCGAACCAGUUUCUACGAAGAAUAUGGGGUCAUCCGUGAUGUCCACCAAAACCACCUCACUGAAGCCUUACUGUUUCUCACCAUGGAGCUUCCCGCAAACGUCAGCUGCUCCGAAGACGUCCUCCGCAGCAAGUUGCGGACUUUCCAGUCACUGCGAGGCCUGGAUAAAAGGAGCGCUGUGAUUGGCCAGUACGAAGGAUACAGCAGCCACGUGAGGGAGGAGCUCCAGAAAGGGCCAAACUAUUUCAGCCGAAUGCCUACUUUUGCUGGGGUGCUGAUUCACCUGGACAGCCUGCGCUGGGAAGGGGUCCCCUUCAUCCUCACCUCGGGAAAAGUCCUGGAUGAAAGAAUCGGUUACGUCCGCAUCCUGUUCAAGAGCCGGGCCUUCUGCACCCAGAAUGAAACGGCGUGGGACACUGCGAGCAGCCCGUGCAAACGCAAGCAAAUUGUUUUCUACAUCGGGCACGGGGCGCUGGACUCCCCGGCCGUCCUGGUGAGCUGCAGCCUCUUCAAGCCUGUCAUGCCGCAAGACGGCUGGAAGGCAAUCUCAGAUCGCCCAGGGCUGCAUCUCUUCGGGCAGCCUCUCUCUGACUACUAUGCCUAUGUCCCCGUCAAGGAGAGAGACCCGUACGCCGUCCUCAUCUCUAGGAUCUACCACGGCAAGAAAGAUUCCUUCAUCACCACUGAGAACCUGCUGGCUUCCUGGGAAUUUUGGAGCCCGUUGCUGGACAGCUUAGCCGGGGAGUUGCCUCGUUUGUACCCGGGAGGCCCGCAAAACCAACACCUCUUGGAUUUUGAGAUGGCAGGUGGAGAAGUGUCCUUUGUGGUGAAAGAGGCGCUGGAGGUGAUGGGAGCCAAGGACGGGCAAACACCGGACCAGUACAGGACCCUGCAGUCCCGGUUCCGGCAAAACCAACUGGUGACCGCUUGGCCGGAAGAACUGAUCAGUCGCCUGGCGUCGGACAUGGAAGCAGCCGCCACCAGCGCCGUGGAGAGAGCGGGCCAGUUCCACCUGGCACUUUCUGGAGGAUCGAGCCCACUGGCUCUGUUCAAGCAGCUGGUCGCACAUCACUACGGUUUCCCCUGGAAGCACACCCACUUGUGGCUGGUGGACGAACGCUGCGUCCCCUUGACCGACCCGGAGUCCAAUUUCAGGAACCUGCACGACCACCUUCUCCAGCACGUCCGGGUUCCUUACUACAACAUUCAUCCCAUGCCCGUCCACCUCAACCGGCGGCUCUGCGUGGAGGACGACAAGGGGCCGGAACUGUAUGCCAGCGAGAUCACGGCCUUGGUGACGAACGGCAGUUUUGAUCUGGUCCUCCUCGGGGUGGGCAUCGAUGGGCACACGGCUUCGCUCUUCCCGCAGUCCCUCGCCGGCCUGGAAGGGAGCCCAGAGGUGGUACUCACGGAGAGCCCUGUCAAGCCGCACCAGCGCAUGACCCUCAGCUUGCCGCUCAUCAACAAAGCCAAGAGGGUGUUUGUACUGGUGAUGGGAAAGAGCAAACACGAUAUCGUGACCCUGGUCAGCAGGGUGGGGCAGGAGCCCAAGAAGUGGCCCAUUUCUGGGGUCAACCCCAGUUCCGGCCACAUAGCAUGGUAUGUGGACUACGAAGCUUUAUUUGGAUGAUCUACAGCCAUCUCCUC